UCUGUGCUGCUUACAUGGGUCUUAUAAUUCAUAAAAACUCAGCCUUGUGCUAUGUGCAAUUUCCCGCCUGUGUAUACAUCCUGUGCUUAAUGAUAAGAAACAACUGGACCAUGCAGAAUGUGAGGGCAGCUGUACUGGAAACCUGUUUGGAAGGCAGCUUCUCUGAGGGGCUCCCUGACCUGUGGUGCUCAUACUGUCCCCUGCAAGAAAUGACUGCUAGUGUAGUGAGGUGGUGUGUAGUAGUGAGGAUAGCUCACUCUCACUUUUCCUUUUUCUGGAUUCCACCUUCGUGAUAGCAGCAUCUGGGUCAGCCUUUAGCCGUUCAGCCAUCAACAUGCAGCUCUUGGUCCGUGCCCAGGACCUACACACACUCCAGGUGACUGGUCAAAAGAUGGUCACCCAGAUCAAGGCUCAUGUGGCCUCACUGGAGGGCAUCAUGCCGGAAGAUCAAGCCAUGCUCCAGGCAGGUAAAUGGCUGGAGGAUGAGGCCCCCCUGGGUCAGGGUGGGGUGGAAGCCCUGGCCACUCUGGAUGUAGCUGGUCGCAUGCUUGGAGGUAAAGCCCAUGGUCCCCUAGCUUGGACUGGAAAAGUGAGAGGUCAGACUCCAAAGAUGGCCAAACAGGAGGAGAGAGAGGAGGAGGAAGGAGAGGAAGAGAAGAUGACAAGCAGGGUCAAGAAGCAGAUGCAGUACAAAUGGUGCUUUGCCAGUGUGGUGCCCACCUUUGGCAAGAAGAAAGGCCCCAAUGCCAGCUCUUGAAUCCUAUGCAACCCUGGCUUUCUCUAAUAAAGUCACUUUGCCCAAGCUAAAAAAAAAAGAACUGACUGCGACACACCUUGACGAUUGACCCCUGUUA